AGCAAUUAGCAUAAUAGCAUGCUACUAACCAGUAACUACUAAACUCAUAACCGAACACGUCGUGUUGCUUGCGCGUACGUCUUUCAUGGUCUCUUUCACAAUCACAACAAUUUCUACUAACCACACUCCAAUUAUAUUCCACCAUCAUCGCCAACACACAACCUCAAAAACUUCAACCUACCCCAAGACUGUUUCACGUUCUUCCUCAUAAAGCCACGACACAAUUAUUAUCUUAAUCUUCCUUCGAGGAUUCAGAAUCAAUCCCCACUUCUGUGUGUUUCACUUACUCUGUAAACCUGGCGAAAUUACGCUCCAUCAGGGACAAAUAUUCUUGGAGCUUUGGUUUUGAAGGGGCGAACCAUAUUCAACUCUGGCCAACUCUUCAGCUAUAUCAUCGUCGCCAAUCGUAGCAGGACUUGGCCCUUGGUUUUCUUGUUCUUGGUUUUGUUUCUGUUUCGACACACUUCUGUCUCUGCUCCUGCGUCUCCCCACUGAUUAUGGCUAAUCACUGCUACAAUCCUUCUUCUUCGAUGUGAUCUUACAUAGAAUUAAGCGUUCUCUAUCAUUGUUUAGCUUUUCAAUAGGGCAGAGAUGUGAGCUGCAAUAGAAUUUGUGUACGUGCAAAGGAUUUUGAAGCGUAAAACAAGAUCAAAUAACAGCAAUAUUAACAAGCUUGAAGCUUCAUCUAAAUAAUUAACAUGGCCAUGUGUAGGUGUGUCGAUGUUGUUGAUGUUUUGGUUGGGAAGAAGAAGAAGAAAGACAAGGGUGCUGAACGGUCUUCAAAGAAAGGACACGUUAAAACUCUACUUGUUAAAGUAGAAGAGGCUAAGACGUCCUCGGGUUCACCAGCUUGCGAUGUGAAGCCACUCACCGGAGACGUUGUAGUUCCUUGUGAUAUCCCGAAGAAUUCAAGGUGCAACAUGAGGGUCAUGAAUCUUGAGAGUCCUCUAAAGACUGAGACUGAGGAAGCUUAUGAAGGGGAAGACGAGCGUGAAGAUUCGCAUUCCCUCAAAAGGGAUCUAUCUGAUAUUGAUCUCCAAGCUCAUGAAGCUGCUGUGUCAAGGGAAGUAAGGUCUGAUCGAAGUCCAGCAACGGAUAAAGAGACAAAAUACAGCGAAAAGAGCGGCGAACUAGUGCAAAGUGGGCAUGUCAGUGAUCCUGGGAUUAUUGGGAGGGAAGACUUCUGGGAUUCUCCCAAGCUCACUCGAUCAUGCUCAAACCUGGAAAGAAGGGAUGUUCUUGGUAAUACAAUUCAUCAAUUCCCAGAUUCAAAGUCGCAAUCUUUCGAGAAUUUACAGGAACUUACAGCAGGUAAAGUGGCUGCUAAUCUUGAAAGCCCCAGGUCUGUGAUGACUCACUGCAGUGCUGAUAGAGUUAUGUUGAGAAGGCAUUCCUCAAGCCAAGUUCUUCCUUCUGGAAGUAAGAGACUCUGGUGGAAGAUGUUCCUCUGGAGCCAUAGGAACAUACAUAGACCUAUUCCAAGCAAAUCAACACAGGUGAAUCCUGGUGUGGCUGCAACGCACAAUCCAUACGGGUACUCUUCCGACACCCUUGAACCGAAGCACAAGCAAUCACCAAGAAAUGUGGAAUCACCCUCACCAAGGUCAUCAAAUGGUGAAUACUUUCGCAAAAGCUAUAGUGAUAAAAACAUUGAUCACCAAAGGAGGAGCAGAUUCCAGGAGGAGAGUUUCGGUUUUUGGCCACAGAAUCAAUGGGUAGCCUUCUCAGGAGGAUCAUCAUCCUUCAAUAGAGUGGAGGAGUGGGUGCAUGAUCUUGAAAUUCAGCAGGUGCCUCCAGAGGAUAAUUUUGAUAAUGACAAUGUGGGAAACAUUGAGUUCCCACCUUCUCCUAAUGCUGGUAGAUCAAUGUCAAGAACCGUAUCUCAGUUAAGUCACCAUACAGAUGCAAAUCUUUCAAAGGAGAUUCUGCAUGCCAAUAGUUUGGUCCAAUCCCUAAAUCCAGCCUCAACUGUGGCUCAUAUAUCUGGUGUUGGUAUAAAAGCGAUUCCUGGUAUUUCACACUUCUCCAGCCUCCGCUCUGUCAAUUUGUCCAACAAUUUCAUAGUUCAAAUUGUGCCUGGACUUCUCCCAAAGGGUAUUCAUACACUUAAUUUGUCAAGAAAUAAGAUCAGCACCAUUGAGGGGCUUAGAGAUUUAACCCGGUUACGAGUACUUGACUUGAGUUACAAUCGCAUCUCAAGAAUUGGACAAGGUUUAUCAAAUUGCACACUUAUCAAAGAGCUAUAUCUUGCUGGGAAUAAGAUAAGUGAUGUUCAGGGACUACACAGAUUACUGAAGCUAACAGUUCUGGAUUUGAGCUUCAACAAGAUCACAACAACAAAAGCAUUAGGGGAACUUGUAGCUAACUACAACUCACUUCAGGCCUUGAAUCUGCUUGGAAAUCCAGUUCAAAACAACAUCAGUGACGAGCAGUUGCGGAAAUCAGUUUGCAGUCUUCUUCCGAAGCUUGGAUACCUGAACAAGCAAGCCAUCAAGCCUCAGAGGGCACGAGAAGUACUCACUGACAGUGUUGCCAAAGCUGCACUUGGUGACAGCAGCCGGAACUACAACCGAAAAUCACCGAAGAGAGGCAACCAUGGAGGUCCCAGUUCCUCAAAUGCGCAUAGAAGCAGUACUAGUGUUGUCCAGAAAAGUAAGAGCAUGCCAAAGCUCCGAACAAGAAAGCAUUAGUUGCCUUUAGAAGGAGCAACUCACGAGUCUCACUGUCUCAGUUUUCACGACUCAAUAAAGUGGAUAUCAGUAUUUCCAAAUGCUUGUAUUCUGUAAUGGCCUGCUUCAACCUGUAAUGGUUGUGUUUGCUUAAACAUGUUAUCAUGAGUGUGUGAUUCUCAGUUUCUACCAUAAAUGAGACUGUACUUGGUAUCAA